ACGAAGCAACCCUGCAUAUUGAUGGCGGAUUGACGCUCUUUCGCUGGCCUGGCAAAAUAAAUUUUCUUUACCGAGAAAAAGGUGCAGGAAAGGACGAGGAGUGAACUCGAGGAGCAGUGCAUGAAAUAGCUGUGGGUCCGCCGGCGUUACCUACGUUUUAUUUCAGAUCUUUCCAGUGUCGCAGUGUCGCGUUGCGAGCGUUUUAGUGGGCAGCCAUGAGACGGCGCAGCGAGAGAAAAAAGUCGUCGUCGCCCGCCCCGGUGCCGGUGGCAGUUGCACGGCGAAGUCGCCGCUCCCGCAAGGUGUCCGAGACCGAAAAGCCGGAGGACGAGGCCCCGGUUGCGGCCCAGAAGGAAAUCCCGGACGCCGACGUCCCGGUAUUGCCGCAAGCCUCUGCGGCGCGCGAAGAAAUCAAUGAGGCUCGCGCCUCCAGCGAGGAACGUGCCGGAUCCGGAUCGUCGCCAGUGCGCAAGAGUCGCGGCAGCCGGUCGACGCCGAAGAAGCGCACGGAGGCCAAGGGCGGCGACAAGAAGGUGGACACUAUACCCGAGGAGGAGCCCGAGAACGGCAAGGAGGAGGAAAAGGCUGUGGAGCCGCCGGCUGCUCUAGAGAGCGAGUCCGAAGACCUGGCCAAGAAGGAGGAUGGACCAGUGGAGGAACUGGUAGCCCAGCCUGAGCCCACUGAAGCCAAGGAUAAAGAGGAAGAUGACAAAGAGGAGGAAAAACCACAACAGGAUGCCCCAGCUAGCGAGCCAGUUCAAGAGGUAAAGGUUCCUUCUCCUUCCAGCAAGGAUGAGGAACAUCUAAAAACGUCUAGCGAUGUAUUAGACAUUCAGACAGAAGAGGUCGAGGAAAGGGACGACGAUGCCCCGGCUCCUGCGGAACGCAGGGAGUCCAAGAAGAGGCACAAGGAGCCGAAACAGGAACAGGAGGCCGCCGCCGCGGAGGAGGAGGAGCAGAAGGAGAACCGCAAGCAGCAGGAGGAGAAGCCAGAGCAAACUCAGGACGAACCAGCAGAUCUUUCCAACGACAAGCACGAGGCAUCUGUAAACAGUAGCUCAGCCAACACAACAGCCGCUCCAGUGCUGCAGCAACAGCGAUCCGUGCGCAAGCGCAAGUGGCUGACGAACAAAAAGUCCUCGGAUCGCGCCCCACCAGUGCUUGCCAUUUCGACGGAUUCCCUGAAGAACAUCAUAGCCGAUGUGGUGCAGCCGGUGCCGCUCAGCGAUGUGCAGCUGGAAUCCUCGUCGGAGGAGGAGGGCCUGGUCACCAGCGAUCGCGACUCUGAGCGUUCCGCUUCGCCAGCAUCCGCCUCCGAGGGGAGGAAGGAUCGCGACACCGAGGCCAUUACCGUCACCACCUGCAACACCGAAGCAAAGGCGGCGACAGAUAAGGUGGACACAGAAGCCACUGGUCGGACCACUCCGACGGCAGCCGCGGACACGGUGCCGGCUCAGGGCAAAGCCACAGUUGCCACCGCAGCGCCACACAUUGUCCGAGACCCUAGUCCUGCGCGCAACCGCGCCAGCCAUGUGCUCUACAUCACCAAUCUGGUGCGUCCCUUCACAGUGCUGCAGCUGAAAGGUCUGCUGGCGCGAACGGGAAAGAUCGUCGAGGAGGAUGGUUUCUGGAUAGAUCGCAUCAAGUCUAAGUGCUUUGUUGCCUACUCCACUGAAGACGAAGCUAUUGAAACCCGCCAUGCCCUGCACGGAGUUCGUUGGCCCGUCUCGAAUCCCAAAUGUUUGAAUGUGGAUUUUGGCAGUCGCACAGACAUGGACCGUGCAAUACUAUCAACGAAGGACGAGGCUCCCAGGUAUGGCCAGGAGAAUACCAGAGAUAACCAGCAGUCGGGCAACGCCUGGUCCCGAUUGGAACCGUCUGAUAAAAAGCCUGUGCGUCCCGUACGCGAAUGGGAUGUGGGCAAAAAGGAGCCGAGUGACCACGACAAAGCCAACAACGACAGACAUCGGGGGAGCAAGGAUCGACUGGAGUCGAGAUCUCGGGAUGCGGAUCGCGCCGGACAGGAUCGCAAACGUUCCAGGGACAGGGAAGGGAGAGGACGCGAACGGGAACGCGAGCGGAACGAUCGUAAUGCACACGCAAGAAGCCGCAGUGGAUCACCAGUGCCCAAAACUAAAAAGAAGGAGAAUGAACCGCCUAUCAGGCUAUUAGAUGACCUAUUUCGUAAGACUAAGGUAACUCCUUGCAUCUACUGGCUGCCGUUAACGCCGGAAGCGAUCGCAGAAAAGGAGGCACUCCGCCAGAAACGCAUCGAGGAGCAUGACAAGCGCAUCAAAGAGCGGGAGGAUCGCCAGAAGGAGCGUGAGAAGGAUCGUGACCGUCAGCGCGACACGCGGCGCAAUCGUUCCAAUGAACGGCGACGAUCGCGCAGUCGCGAGCGGGAGCGACGACGUUACUAGGCGGAGGCUUGAGAUUGAGCAAAUAAAUGUUGAAAUAUCUCAAAAACUAACAUCAACAUCCAAAAAAAAAAAAAACCUAAAAUGAUAAAACAGCAACUAAAACUUCUGCAGGGUCCCAUCACCACCCGAAUUCUUUCUAUUUUUUUCGAGCGUUUUGCGCUCCCAAAUAUACCGACGUUGUAAUAUUCAACUUGAAGUGAACGCCCUUCGAUUUGAAUAUUUCCACCAACGUCCCAAUCCAUAUUCUAAUUUUGAGAUUUCGAACUCUCUUUUUUCCGUUAUUUUUCUCAUUGUUGUUGAUCCAUAUAUAUAUACCGCAUAUAUAUUUCCAUAUAUAUAUAUAACCUGAUUUGAUUUCUUUCCUCAAAUGUAGCAUUUUACAGCGCCUAACGUCACCUCACCCCAAAAACAACCGCAGCAACGCCAGAAAAGCGACCGGCAUCUCGGCAUCAACGCAUUGGAAACUUACCAUCGGAAUCUAGAAACUCUU